AACGUGUUAGUAAAUUGUUUAAUUGUAACAUUAUUGAAUUAGGAAAAAAAAAAAUGCUUGAAUUACGUUGUCUUUUCAGUAACAAUAGACUAUGUGUUAAUACCGGUAAUCUUUUAGCUAUGGACAGAUCUCCAGUUUGCAUAAUUGAGCUCCCAGUUACAUAUCUAACAAAGACAGCCUUUCUACUCGUAUCACUGUAUCUUCACAACCCUUCUUUCUUCGAUAAGCAUGUAAAGCAAACCUCAUUAAAACGAGGGCUCAGUGAAUAGGAUGCAGCCAGGGCACUCAUUUCAACUGCAACUGGAUCCGCAUCUGAGGGAAGCCAACUUAGGUACAAACCACAGACUGAAGGAUGGAAAGUGACAGUCAGUACUCCCUCCUGGUUGGCAUGGUGUACUUAUUUAACACUAUGUUUGGGACCGGGAUUCUUGCUCUGCCAAGAGCCUUUGCGAGCGGAGGGUGGCUUGUGAGCACCGUCACUCUGCUCUCCUCAGUAGCAGUGAGCUACAUCACGGUGACAUUCCUCAUUGAAGCGAUCGCCUGUGCCUGCGGGAAGACAGCGGGAAGCGACGAGACAGGAGAUGGAAAAGAACGAAUUACUCCUGCUGACAUGGUUAUGGAGAGCAUUGCGGCGACUGAUAAAAACGCUGGAGCGGGCGAGAGGAACGCUCUUAUUGAAAAGGAGCCGGCCGGCUGUGUCUGCUGCAGAUCUGGUUCGGAAUCGGAUUUGUGCCCGAGUGUUUUUGAUAUAAACAAAACGAUAUCUUUAACUGAUCUGACAGCGAUGUACUUUAACCCAGUUGGAGACGUCCUGAGUCGCAUUGUCCUGCUGCUGUCGAUCUGGGGCUCCCUGACGAUGUACUUGACCAUGGUGCCCUUCAGCUUGUCGGACCUCCUGUGCAAACCCGAAACAGACUGCAACAGGCUCCAAAAUUUCACCUCCAUCGCUGAUCAGGGUCUUUGCUGGGGGUCCCUCACCAGAAUCAGCGUCUACAGAAUCUUUCUGACCCUGUUUAUCCUGAUGGUCGGUCCAUUUGUGUUCUUCUCCGUUCAGAAGAAUCAGUACGUCCAGGUCUUCGCCUCCAUCAUGUCCUUUGUGGUUUUCUCCAUCAUGUUUGUAACAUCAGUCGUCAUCCUAGCGAGGGGGCAAGGCAGAGGGACCCCCAUCCUGGCGGAUCUCAACGCCUUCCCCAGCGUGUUUGGGGCGUGCUCGGUGGCCGCUGUGUCCCACACUGUCCUCCCCACGGUUGUCCCGCUGAUCCGGAACAAAACCUACCUGUGCCAAGGAGUGCUGGCGGUGUUUGCUGCGGUCACCGUGCUCUACCUCACCCUGUGCCUCUUCGUGGUGUUCGUCUUCCAGGAGAAAGACAUCCAAGCGGUGAUCCUCGUCAAUUUUGCAUCCUGCUCCAUUAUCCCCGUGAUUUUUGUGAUCUACAUUCUCGGCCUCUACACGACUAUCAAAGUUUCCGCCAAUUUCCCACUGAACGGCGUUACGCUAAGCGACAACCUGAGGUCCAUGUUUGCGGGGUUCCAGUGCUCUCACGCGUGGCCAGUGGACAGGCUGCUCUUCCCCCUGGCUGUGAUAGUUCCUCCGCUGGCCAUUUCCUACAGCACCCAUAACAUCGAGAUGAUCGUGGGGAUCACCGGCUCGUACACGGUGAACUUCAUCCAGUACGUCACCCCGUCCGCGCUGGUGUACCUGAGCAGGAAGGAGGCGCGGGCGCGGUUUGGGGAGGAUGUGAAGAUAAAGCAUGCUUCCCCGUUUCAGCACGGCUUUUGGAUAAUCCUGGCCCUGCUGUACGCAACUGUAGGGCUGGUGGUUUCCACCUUCUUCUAUGUGAAAAGCCUUACAUGAAGUCGGCACGGAGAAUGCAGUCUUUGAAGGGAUGUAGUUAAAAUACAGGAGCAGCUACUUUCAUUACUACAAGUUUUUAAGAUAACGUAAAAUCCUGAUCCCUUGAACCAUUUCUAUGUAUGUCAUAUUCCCUGCUCUAUGAAACCGAAACCACAUCCCUUAAUAUAAUA